AUGAUUUACGCCCGCUGCUUCGCCAAGGCACAGGGCUGCCUCCGUCUUCGCAACCUCCUGGUUCGCCAGUGCCUAGCGGAACUCCUGGGGGACUUCGUGCUGAUCGUGAUCACGCUCAGUGCGGCCGCUCAAUCUGUCACCAGCGAGGGGACAAAGGGCGGCUAUAUGAGUUCAGCCCUGGCCAGCGGCAUCGGCGUGAUGGUUGCCAUUCACGUUUCAGGUGGCGUCUCAGGAGGGCACCUGAACCCCGCUUUCUCCCUUGCCAUGUGUCUGCUGAACCAGUGUCCGUGGUGGAAACUGCCCAUUUUCUCCGCCUUUCAAAUCCUGGGGGCCUUUCUGGGCUCGGCCACCGUCUACGCUCUAUACUAUGAUGCCAUCCACCACUAUACCAAUGGGACCCUGACAGUCACGGGCCCCCGGGAAACUGCUUCCAUCUUUGCCACUUACCCUGCUCCCUACCUGUCCCUACGCAACGGCUUCUUGGAUCAGAUGCUAGGGACCGGGAUGCUGAUCAUGUGCAUUCUAGGGAUCACUGAUUCCCGAAACAAGAGCAUCCCCAAAGGGCUGGAGCCAGUGGGCGUGGGGCUGCUGGUCCUCUCCCUCAGCCUGGCCAUGGGCGCCAACUGCAGCUGUGCCAUCAACCCCGCCAGGGAUUUGGGUCCCCGGCUCUUUACCUAUGUGGCUGGAUGGGGCCUCCAGGUUUUCAGAGCCGGAAACUAUUGGUGGUGGGUUCCGAUCGUGGCGCCGAUGGUAGGCUCGGCCGCCGGCACGACCGUCUACCAGCUCUGCGUGGCGUUCCACCACCCUCCAGAUGAGGACGAGGCAUUCCCCACCCCUGCCCCAGAGAAGGCCCGCCUGGGGACGGAGAAAGACGUGGACCUUCCGAUUUACAUGGUGAACAAGUAUGUGGACACGUGGAUGGAAGGGAACUCUGUGGUCGCCCCAGCCACGGAGCACGACAAAAGAGAAGCGGCACCGUCACCCUAA